AUGAGCGCAAUCAGAUCCUCCUCCUCGGCCCUCCUCCUCAUCGGCGGCGUCGCUACCCUCCCCGGCGCCGCCUCGGUCCGCAGCCACUUCCCGCAACGCAGCAGCGCCUCGACCGACGCGGAGCUGGGGUACAUGCAACAGCCCCUCGGCCCGGCCAGCAGUCAGAGAUCCGUGACGACGUCAACCAAGAGCGUCAAGAGCACAACUGCGGCGUCAUCAAAAGCGUCGCUGGGCUGGCAGGGUCAGGCGUUAUGA